AUGCUGCCAGCCAAGUGCCGCCCCUCGCCGGCGGCGGCCCGCCACUCCUUGCCGGCCGCUCCUUGCUGCGAGCUCACCUCACGCUCGCCGGCCCCACCCCGAAUCCGCGCAGGCAGCUCCCCGUCGCUCCCUGCCGUGCAGCUCCUCACCGACCGCGGCCCGCCGCUCCUUGCCGUGAGCUCGCGUCGCAUUCGCCGGCAGCUCCCCACCGCGCCGCGCCGCUCCAUGGUGGGGAUCGACCUCGGCACCACCAACUUCGCCGUGGCCGCCAUGGAGGGCGGCAAGCCCACCGUCGUCACCAACGCCGAGGGCGCGCGCACCACGCCCUCCGUCGUCGCCUACACCAAGACCGGGGAGCGCCUCGUCGGCCAGAUCGCCAAGCGCCAGGCGGUCGUCAACCCCGAGAACACCUUCUCCGUCAAGAGGUUCAUCGGCCGCAAGAUGUCCGAGGUCGACGACGAGGCCAAGCAGGUCUCGUACGACGUCGUCGCCCGGCCACCGGCCGCUGCUCCUCGCCGACCCCCGCCCGUUGCUCCUCGCCCGGCCGCAGCCCGCCGCCCACUGCGCUUCCUCCCCGUCGCGCUGCCUUGCCACGGGGUUGCCACGCCGGCCGCCUCAUCUUGGGCCCACCUCCGGCUGCUCCCCACCUCGCCGGCUGCCCCCCGCUGUGGUCCCACCUCGCGUGCCGGCCGUGCCCCGCCGGGUGCAGCGACGGGUGCCGGCGGCGGGGAUGGAGGUCGGGGUGCCGCGCUGGAGAGAGAAGGACGGAGGCGGUUUGCGUCGUGGAGAGAGAGACUCAUUUUUGCGUCCCUCCUCGGCUGA